GGGAGCCUCUGCCUCCUGCGGGUGCAGCUGGGCCAGCGGUUCCCAGAGCCCCGGAGCCUGACGUGCUGCGAAGCGCACGGCCGAGCUCCUCCGCCGGCGGCCCCCUCUCUCGCUCCCCGGCCGGGCCGCCCCCUGCGCGGCCCCUUGCGGCUCCUGGCACGGCCCCGCGCUCGGCUGCCGCCCUGGCGCGCUCCACUCUGUCGUCCCCGGACGGGCGCGGACCAGCUCGACCGGGACGCCGGCGGCUGGGCAGAGGGCGCUGGCCCCGGGGUCGCGCCGGCGCGGCCACCAACCUGGGGCUGUCAGUGGAGGGCGAGUGCUGGUUCCGGGGCGAGGCGACGCCCUUCGGGGCCAACGGGCCGCACGCAGAUGUGGCCGGGGCAACGACCCACCCGUUUUCCAGCUCAGGAUCGGGGCUGGGGUCGGGGUCGGCGCCCAUGGGGGCCCCGCCUCCGUCCCCGGGCCUGCCCCCGUCGUGGGCCGCGAUGAUGGCGGCCCUGUACCCGAGCACGGACCUCUCGGGCGUCUCCUCCUCCUCCUUGCCUUCCUCCCCAUCCUCCUCGUCGCCCAACGAAGUGAUGGCGCUGAAGGAUGUGCGGGAGGUGAAGGAGGAGAACACCCUGAAUGAGAAGCUUUUCUUGCUGGCGUGCGACAAGGGUGACUAUUAUAUGGUUAAAAAGAUUUUGGAGGAAAACAGUUCAGGUGACUUGAACAUAAAUUGCGUAGAUGUGCUUGGGAGAAAUGCUGUUACCAUAACUAUUGAAAACGAAAGCUUGGAUAUACUGCAGCUGCUUUUGGACUACGGUUGUCAGUCCGCAGAUGCACUUUUGGUGGCAAUCGACUCUGAAGUAGUGGGAGCUGUUGAUAUACUACUUAAUCAUCGACCAAAACGAUCAUCAAGACCAACUAUAGUAAAACUAAUGGAACGAAUUCAGAAUCCUGAAUAUUCAACAACAAUGGAUGUUGCACCUGUCAUUUUAGCUGCUCAUCGUAACAACUAUGAAAUUCUUACAAUGCUUUUAAAGCAGGACGUGUCUUUGCCCAAGCCCCAUGCAGUUGGCUGUGAAUGCACGCUGUGUUCUGCAAAAAACAAAAAGGACAGCCUCAGACAUUCCAGAUUUCGUCUUGAUAUCUAUAGAUGUCUGGCCAGUCCAGCUCUAAUAAUGUUAACUGAGGAGGAUCCAAUCCUGAGAGCAUUUGAACUUAGUGCUGACUUAAAGGAACUCAGCCUCGUGGAAGUGGAAUUCAGGAAUGAUUAUGAAGAGCUAGCCCGUCAGUGCAAAAUGUUUGCUAAAGAUUUGCUUGCACAAGCCCGGAAUUCACGUGAACUGGAAGUUAUCCUAAACCAUACAUCUAGUGAUGAGCCUCUUGACAAACGAGGACUACUAGAAGAAAGAAUGAAUUUAAGUCGUCUAAAACUUGCUAUCAAAUAUAACCAAAAGGAGUUUGUCUCCCAGUCAAAUUGCCAGCAGUUCCUGAACACCGUUUGGUUUGGACAGAUGUCAGGCUACCGCCGUAAGCCCACCUGUAAGAAGAUAAUGACUGUUUUGACAGUUGGCAUCUUCUGGCCAGUUUUGUCACUAUGUUAUUUGAUAGCUCCCAAAUCUCAAUUUGGCAGAAUCAUUCACACACCUUUUAUGAAAUUUAUUAUUCAUGGAGCAUCAUAUUUCACAUUCUUGCUGUUACUAAAUCUCUACUCACUUGUCUACAAUGAAGACAAGAAAAAUACAAUGGGGCCAGCCCUUGAGAGAAUAGACUACCUUCUCAUACUGUGGAUUAUUGGGAUGAUUUGGUCGGACAUUAAGAGACUCUGGUAUGAAGGGUUAGAAGACUUUUUAGAAGAAUCACGCAACCAGCUCAGCUUUGUCAUGAAUUCCCUCUACCUGGCAACCUUUGCCCUCAAAGUGGUAGCUCACAACAAGUUUCAUGACUUUGCUGACCGGAAGGACUGGGAUGCAUUCCACCCCACACUUGUAGCAGAAGGGCUUUUUGCAUUUGCAAAUGUCCUGAGUUACCUUCGACUCUUUUUUAUGUAUACAACCAGCUCUAUUUUGGGUCCACUGCAGAUUUCAAUGGGACAGAUGUUACAAGAUUUUGGGAAAUUUCUGGGGAUGUUCCUUCUUGUUCUGUUUUCCUUCACAAUUGGACUGACACAACUCUAUGACAAGGGGUACACUCCCAAAGAGCAGAAGGACUGUGUUGGCAUCUUCUGUGAACAACAAAGCAAUGAUACCUUCCACUCGUUCAUUGGUACCUGCUUUGCUUUGUUCUGGUACAUCUUCUCCUUAGCACAUGUGGCCAUCUUUGUCACAAGGUUUAGCUAUGGAGAUGAGCUGCAGUCCUUCGUUGGAGCUGUGAUUGUUGGAACAUACAACGUCGUGGUUGUGAUUGUGCUUACGAAGCUGCUGGUAGCCAUGCUUCACAAAAGCUUUCAGUUGAUAGCAAAUCAUGAGGAUAAAGAAUGGAAGUUUGCUCGAGCAAAGCUAUGGCUUAGCUACUUUGAUGACAAAUGCACACUGCCCCCACCUUUCAACAUUGUUCCUUCACCAAAGACUAUCUGCUAUAUGAUCAGUAGCCUCAGUAAGUGGGUUUGCUCUCAUACAUCGAAAGGCAAGGUCAAAAGGCAGAACAGUUUGAAGGAGUGGAGAAACUUGAAACAAAAGAGAGAUGAGAACUACCAGAAAGUGAUGUGCUGCCUCGUGCACCGUUACUUGACGUCUAUGCGACAGAAGAUGCAGAGUACAGACCAGGCAACGGUGGAGAAUCUCAAUGAACUGCGCCAAGACCUGUCAAAAUUCCGAAAUGAAAUAAGGGAUUUGCUUGGCUUUCGGACUUCUAAAUAUGCUAUGUUUUAUCCACGAAAUUAAUCAUUUUCUAAACCUUGUAGAAAUAAUUUUCCAUAACAAAUCUGAAAGAUUGUAUUUACAUACCUUACAGUUAAACUAAUAAGAUACAUAUGGACAUAAGCAAUUACACAAAAGCCAUUCUUUAAAUAUUUAUAGUAUAAAUAUAUAUCAUGUAAAAUAUGUAUAUAGAGUUAGUUUUUUAAAACCUGUCUGUGGCUUUUUGUAGAAAGAAAACAGAGUAAGUAAACAGUUUUGUUGGCAUGCUAUUUGAAUUUUCUUAGUUUGUCAGUGCUUAAGGUUUGUAAUGUUUAAGAGGGGCAGCUACCAGUGUACACAUUGCCCACUCCUUUUUAUAAAAUGGAGAUCAUCAAAAGCAGCUACCUUAAGAGACACUUGAAAUGUAGAGUUCAUGUUGUUUAGAAUCUCUUGUUUUAGGAGUUCACACAGAGUCCAGUAUUUAUUAUUUGAGUAUAGUUUUAUCUAAAAUACCCUAUUUUUUCUUUUGUUAUAAUCUUAAGCAACAUAGAAAAGUCUCUAAUGAACAUUUGAGUUUAAGCCAGGCACGGUGGUGUACACCUUUAAUCCCAGCAUUGGGGAGGCAGAGGCAGGCAGAUCUUUAGUUCAAGGCCAGCCUUGUCUACAAAGUGAGUUCUAGGACAGCCAGGGCUACACAGAAAAACCUAUCUCAAAAAAAAAAAACCAAAAAAUUAAUAUUUAGUACUGUCAAUCUAAAUUCACCUUGGUUUUGGUUAUAUAAUAUAUUUAACUUUACAUGGUUAUAAUGAUUUUAUAUUUUUAAUUUUGUUUUUUCACUCAAUAUUUUAUAUACAGUUCUCUAUAUUGAGGUAAUUCAUGUAUUUAAAUAUUUAUAGAAUUCUGUGAUUUUUGAAAAAUAGUAGACAUCUUUUAGCCAUAGAAUAUUUGUUCAUAUUUAUGCAUUUUCAAAGUUACUUCUCUAGGCAUUUGGUUAGUUUUAACUUUUCCCUGUAAUUUUUCAAGUUUGGACAAGUUACAAAGUAUAAGCUGCUUGUCUUCAUGUGUGGUCACAGUGGGUUUGGCUGGAGAGCACCCAGGGCCUUGAAAAUAGCUGCUGUAAGUUCCAAUGCAGGUUCUUGAGCUCUCUUCUGAAGUGUUGGCCAGAAUUUAACACAGCUCCUAGAAAAGUGGCUUUGUGCCUCCUGCUUGAGAUGUGAAGCUUUGUUUUUUCAAUUUGAAAGUAAAAAGUAUAUUUGACCUCUUUUCAGUGUUCACAAAAAGGCAGCCGAGGGUUUCCCCAGAUACUGUGUAGAUCUGUGUAGACCUUCAAGUGAGCAACGCACAGGGUUACUUUCUUAGACACAUCAGCUGACCUUGAGAGUGUGAGGGUGCAGGCUGCCCUUGGUCUGUGAGUUUCAAGUACUCAGGUGGCGUCUGGGUAAUCUAGUAUUAGGUUUCAUCUUGCGUUUUGCAUUUGUUUUUAAUGUUCAAGUUUAAGUGUUCCCUCUUUGGGGCAAAUUCUUAUAAAAAACGUUUAUUGUAAAGUUAUAUAUUUUGUCUACAAUGGAAUUAUGCACUUCCCAAUUGGGAUUUUACAUCAGGAUUUUUAGUCAUUCUAAAAAAAAUACCUAAUUAUUAAAAAAAAUUAUAGAGUGCCUAUUGUGUGCAUGAAUUACUGAUGAAGUAUAUUUUGAAUGACAGCAUACUGUAAGAAAAAAAGUGAAUAAAACUUGACAUUAGAUUAUAAA